AUGAAAAAUACACUAUUGUAUUAUCUGUUACUAUCAACUUCAACUUUGUUAGUUGUUAUAUCGGCUAAAUAUAUAAGUGGUAACCAAGGUCUUGCUAAAUUCGAUUUAGAUCAAAAAGCAACUCCUCAAGAUUAUAAUGGACCUUGGGGAGAAGGAGUCACAUGUCCUUACAACAAUCCUCCUUUUCCUGACGGUACUACGACAUAUAAAGGUACAGUUCCAUCUGCUAUGACUACUGAUGCUGUGAAUUAUCUUCGAGACUCAAAUGUUGGAAUGUUUCAAGUUAGCGACACUAAAACAUAUCCUAAUUUAGACAAUCUCUAUUUUGUGAUGAGAAAAGAAUUUCAUACUUGGCAUUAUUCUGGUGGCCAACUCUUAACUGGUUGCUGGACAGGUGUCACUAUCUAUCAAUAUAUCAAUCAACCAUAA